AUGGGAGAAAACAAUUUUCGGGAGAGAGAAGUAGUGAUUACUGAGCUAACCAAGGGGAGGGAGUUGAUGUUGCAACUGCAAAAACACUUUGAUCCCAUGAAACAGGACGUUUGCCGGUAUUUGGCUGCGGAAAUACUUUCUUCCUAUGAUAAAGCUAUGUCCCUCUUAAAUGGCAUAGCUUUAUCAGACAAUUUCGCCUACACUAACUGUAAUCAUUAUAGGAAGAUGCUGGCACCAAGGGCAGAGUAUGUAGAAGCUCGUCACGGAGAAGAGGUUCCACCUGAAGAUGGAUUUAAUUGGAGGAAAUAUGGACAGAAACUUAUCUUAGGUGCAAAAUAUCCCAGAGAAUAUUUUCAAUGUGUUUGUCGUCAUUGUGAUGCUACUAAGAUGGUCCAGCAAAUGGAGACAGAGCCAUUAACUUUUGAAGUUACCUAUGGGGAAAGUCACAGUUGUGGUCAAGAAAACAAAAACCAAAAUGAAGAACUACUAGUUGCUGUGGGAACACAAGUUGGAAGAGCAGCAGGGAAACUGUCUGAAUGCUACAUUCCUGAGAUGGUUACCCCAAAUAAUUCAUAUAAAACGAAAUAUCCAUCUGAUAUUACAUACGAUACUAUCCUACAGUUAUUCUCAGACCAACCAAGUUAUAUUCAUUUAUAAUCAAGUCAAUUUUAUUAUCU